GAUUUAUGGAAGAAAUUUUGUAUGAAAUUCGAUUUCUAAACGCUAUUCCCAACUCAAAAGUUCAAGUUAUGGAGAUCUUCGAGUUACGGAAGUUCCACUGUAUAUAUCUGUCCUAAAAAAUAUGUUAGCUCCGCCCAUUUUAAUACGGGCAUGAGAGGGUUAAUAAACGAACAUAAAGAGUAUGACACUAUUCAUGUAGAAUUAAUGCACAGAUAUGCCAUAUAUGGUAGUACAUAUAUACAAUAACGAAAACAAAAUCAAUAUUUCAAUUUACCGUUUCCAUAGUGACGGUACAUACAUAUAUAUGUAUGUAUAAAUAUAUGUGCUUAAACAUUUACUUUUCCUUGACAAAAAAAUACGUAAAUAUAAUUUUCAUAAAAUGGCAAAGAAACCUACACCGGAAGAUAUAUUUUACGAUCACUUAACAUUAGGUUUAAUGGGCACACUAGCCAAAUUGCCGCGAGUAUGUAAUGUCAACUGUGAGCAACGUAAACCAUGUGAAAAAACUCAGAUUAUUAAUUGGGAACAACGAAACACUAUAUAUUUGCCCGAGGAUAUGAAAAAGUUUUAUAUGUCUACAGAUGGAUUUCUCUUACAAUGGAGCUAUCAGUAUGCACCGAAGGAUUUGCGGCGUGUUGGCUUUAUUCAUAUUCCACAUCUGCACCAAAUAACUUUGUUACGCGAUAAUAUUGAACUAUUAAUGAAUACGAGUUCAACUACCCCAUCAGAGAAAACACUUGCAGCAGGCAACGAAACGAGAGUUAUAGAUGAUGGAACUGAGAUAAGCGGGAGUGUAGGUGCAAAUGCCAGCGUUCCUACUCUGGUAACAAGGAAAGACCGCUGGAGUAAUACACUACCCAAUAUAACACCAAAGACCAAAAUAUUUGAAAUUAAUAAUGUCAAUGAUGUUGCCAAAGUGUGUAUGCUCUAUGAGGCAAAUUGUCCUACCAAUCCCAAAUUCUACCUAUACGAAUUAAAUGCUAUGAAAUGGAUAUUCCUCUCCGACACAUUUAGCGAAUACUUUCGGAUGGCCAUUGCACAUUUAGGAUUACCAUAUUGGGAGCUUUGUUUUUCCAAUAUAGGAUUACCAUCGUGGGCGGAGCAAUUGUUUAUGUUGUUGGCACCGCAUCUUUUGGAGGACUUCGAGGUGCGACGGGAUCGCCAAAUACAUCCAUCCCCUGAACACCCAUAUAACAUUAUCGACACCUCAGUUUUUCGAAUUAAACCAAAAGUUUCUUUGAAAAACGCCGCUUCAAAGAAAAAUAUAUCCUGA